CCGAAAUGAAUGGUACAAGUUGGAUGGAGUUUUUGGUCACGAAGACAAUAAUCUCAGCCAAAUUUUUCUCAAAGAAGUCAGCCAUUUAAUCCCUGGGAUUUUCCUUGGACAAAAUGCAACUGUAUUUGCUUAUGGGGCAACUGGGAGUGGAAAAACCUAUACCAUGCAGGGAAGUGCCGAGACACCAGGUCUAAUCCCACUUGCAAUGGAAUCAAUUCUUUCCAUUCGUCAAAGCACUCGAAGUACCGUGUCCAUCUCAUACUAUGAGAUUUACAUGGACAGAUGCUAUGAUUUGCUAGAAUUGAAAAAUAAGGAAGUUGCUAUAUUGGAUGACAAAGAUGGGAAGGUUCAUCUGAAAGGACUUGCAGAAGUUGAAGUUAGCUCAAUGAAUGGCUUUUAUGAGGUAUUCAAUGUUGCAACUCAGAGGAGAAAAGUUGCCCAUACCAAUGUUAAUGAUCUCUCUAGCCGGAGCCACUGUGCUCUUGUUAUAUCUGUUUCCACACCUGGUCAUGAAAAUUCAGGAGAUCUUAUCACUGGGAAACUUAAUAUCAUUGAUUUAGCAGGAAAUGAAGAUAACAAGAAGACUUGCAAUGAGGGAAUUCGGCUCCAAGAGAGUGCCAAGAUAAACCAGUCCCUUUUUGCAUUGUCAAAUGUCAUUCAUGCAUUGAAUAACAGCCAACUGCGAAUACCUUAUAGAGAAAGCAAAUUGACGCGUGUGCUACAGGAUUCGCUUGGAGGAACAAGUCGGGCUUUAAUGAUUUCUUGUUUGAACCCUGGAGAGUACCAGGAGUCCGUUCAUACGGUCAGUUUAGCAGCAAGGUCAAGGCACAUUUCUAAUUCUUUAACUUCAGCUAGAAAAGAAACUCCUAAGGUUAAAGUUGAUAUGGAAGCAAAGCUCCGUGCUUGGCUUGACUCAAGAGGUAAGACAAAAAGUGCACAAAAGCCAAAGGUGUAUGCUUCUCCAUUAACUAGCAAAACUCCAAAUUCACUGAUAAAAAGAGUUGAUGUGCAUCCAAGUUCAUCUAAAGCUAAAUUGUUUAGCAAUCAGGGUGCUUCAAAUUUAAAGCACAGGACUCCUGAUGUUGCUUUUAGAAGCCUAAUUAGCAGUGGACAUCGUUUUGUCUCAGCUACGGAGGCACUAAACCUUGCGGAUGCUAGAAGAAAUACAGAAAAGAAGCUUGAAGUUUCAGAAGAUAGAGGACAAGGGUUCGAUGAUAGUAAAUCUGAUCAAGUGGCAAGGGAUGAGAAAAUUGGAAAUGUUGAAUCAGUGAACCCCAUAAGACCAUCACCGUAUUUUAUGAAAAGUAAUGCAUUUCAGAGUCCACCAAGGAAAGCCCUUUCUCCCAUUCACACCAACAUAAGCAUUGAGAGUAUUUCCGCCAAGAAGAGAAAUGUCUCACUUACUGAUUUGAAGAACAAUGUGGAUAGUACACUUCAAGUGCUCCGAACACCACUUGAAAAAAUCAAUGCACAAAGUUCCAACCUUAAGAGCUUUUUUGCUGAGGAGUACAUUGAAUUCUUGAACACAGCAAGCAGGGAGGAACUGCUGGAGAUAAGGGGUAUAGGAAAUAAACUUGCUGACUAUAUACUUGAACUAAGAGAAGGCAGCCCUUUGAAAACGCUUAAUGAUUUGGAGAAGUUGGGACUUUCUUUAAAACAGGUGAAAAACCUGUUUGGUAACGCUGCAAAAGUCUUAUUAUUUGAAUAAGUCUGGGUUUGUAUACUCACACAUUGUUGUGUGUAUCAUUGGGUUGACACUCUUAUCCAUUGAGUGUUUGGUCAAGCUGUGCCUGUUGACUGACAUAAUUCAGUUUAUCUUCUUCAAUGAUCUUAAUGUGUCAUUUGACCUUUUAAGCUGAAGAUCUGACUUUAGUAAGUGUAUUGGCUGCUUCUUCUGUAUAUCAGUAUUCAAGCUUAACGUUCCAACUCGAAAAAUAUUGAGUAAUACAUCAUUUGUUUAAGGUAAGAAAUAGAAUUUAAUUUU